AUGGGAAUGGUUGAUUCCUUACCACUCGAGAUUUGGUCUCAAAUAGUAUCUGACAUAUCGUUAAAGGAUUUAUUUAAAUUGAGAAGAGUAAAUAAAAUUUUAAAUGAAAAACUCUCUUCAAAUACUAUUUGGAAGGCCAAAUCUUACGAAUAUUGGUUAAGACAUCAAAAUAAUGAUGUAAUAACCGAAUAUAAAAGAUGUAAAAUGUUACCGAAAGUACCUACCAAGGGACAAGAAUCAAUUCCAGAAAAUAAAAGGAUUUGGUUUGAUUAUUUUCAAAAAAGGUUUCAGAUGGAUUUAAAGUUUAUUAGGGAAUUGAAUAACUUCGUCGAUCAAGAGUUCGAAAAAGAUAUAAUGGAGGAUAGGCAAAAGGUUUACUGGAAUGCGUAUUUUGAUCUGAUUAGAUCGUACCCUCGUGCUUUCUUGAUCCCCUUGUUACAUCGGCUUAUUUUAAAAUCUCCUGUUUCGUUUACGGGAUAUGAUAAAGAUGCUGACUCUGAGAAAUUAAGAUACGAUGCCAAGUAUCAUGCAAUUAAAAUCUUAAGAAGUCUGCGACAUAGUCAAUGCUAUAAUGCAUUGGUUGGUGUCGAUGAUAAUUUGGAACCUCGUAAGUUUCUCACCUUGAGAGAUGACGAAUUGAUGGAAUCAUUUCUUUUAAAGUGGAAUGCUAUGGAUAAUUCAUUCGAUACUUUAGUUAAAUUCAGACCUAAAUUUUACAAUGACAUCAACAAUCAAAUUAAACAAAAAUUUAAUGGAUAUCUAAAAGAUUUUAAAAAGUUAGAUACAUUCAAGAAGAUUGAAAUCAUAACGCAAGUAGUUAUUGAUAAUCUUCAUUGGGAUAAAGAAGCACAUAUUAAUAACCAAGGACGAUUUGAUGAGGCAGAAACAAAAGUAGAAUCAUUCAUGCUGUUAAGAGUGUAUGCGAAAGAAAUUGAACCUUCCGCUUCGCUUUUCUUUAGUAUUGUUCAAAAAAUUGCCAGAUUGUUUGAUAUUCAAGCAAAAAUGACAUUAACAGCGUUGCUUUGUCUAGAUGAAAAAGAUCCUGAUAAUUACUACUAUGUAUUUUUCAACCUGGAGGAUAUAUAUAAAGGAAGUUGCACAAUCAGAGAUAAACGUUGGCUAAGUAGAAGCUUAGGUGCUUCAGAGAGGGAGCUAUUUACUCGUAGUCUGUUACCGUUAAGGUUACCACAAUUUUUAACUGCAUAUUAUGAAAUUUGUGGAGGUGAUAAAGAUUCUAUAUACUUAGAUAGACUCCAUGAUAACACGAGGAAGACCAAGGAACAACGUCUUGCGAGAAUUAAGAAAUUAUUUCCUUAUAGUCGUGAAUAUUUCUCGCCUCAUAUUCUAAAGUAUUUCCUUACAUUUGGAGAAUGUCUAGUAGCCAAAAGAAUGACUUCGAUGAGUAGAUCCACUCAAGAAAAAUGGAAUCAAUUUAUUGAACAAACACAAGUGCACUUUCCGGCGAAUUUUUAUUUCAUUGAACCAGAAAGGAGGCAUACACCAGGUCCAUACGGGGCAUGGCUAGGUAUAAGAAACCAUAUGUACUUGAAUUUCCUUGAAGAUAUAGGUAAAUUUGUAAUUUUGAAACCACAUGGUGAAAGUCAUGAGCGAAUAUUUUGUAUUAUGGGUAUGAAAAGGGGUCAAGGGAGCCCAAUGUGUACGUUAGUGGAUGAAUUUGGAGAAGUUUAUGCAGAUUCGAGAGAUGCGAUCAAGAUUUACAAUGGUGACUCUAAAACAAUUGAAGAGUUUUUAAAUGUUGAUCCAUAUACUGAUUUGGGGUUACUUUUCCAAAAUUAUAAUCCCGAAUUGAAAAAAAUGGAACUUAAUGCAAGAAUUAGGAAUUAUUGCGCGGUUCAUCAACCUCACAAUCCCUUUAUUCCAAAGGAAGCAUGGGAAGCCAUGGGAUUUACCUAUGAGCAUACAAUGUCCUCAUGA